GAUACACUACCAAUAUAAUUUGUCAUGACUCAUGCACCCUUGGACACAAUCAAGCUACUCACAUUUCUCAACAUGGGAUGCGUUAUGAGUAGUAGUACUAGUUCGGAGAAGAAAAAGAAUAGAGGAGGCUCCGGCCGCCGGAGACAGCGUGGCAACCGCCCGCGAUGGUGCUACGGCGGCAGAGAUGGGAGGCGGUCGUCGGCCCCGUCGAUGAAGGAGCACGAAGAGUUCCAUGAUCGAUGCCACACCAUAAUCGUGCCCCAACUGGUCGGCCGUGGUGGGCCCGGCGGUUACUACAACGAUCGCACGACGUCGUACUAUGAGGAUUCUGAUGAUAGCAGUAGCGUGGUGGCUUUCGCUCCUUGGAAGGGCCACAGGUUUGUCGGCCAGCACCGCCACCAGCCCAAUUCCCCGGCGAUGGUUUCCGACAGCUGGAGCUUCGCGGUGGGGUCGCCGGCGAUGAGCCUCGGGUCGCCGGUUAUGUUCUCUGAGGUGUGGAGCAAGCAAGGGAAGCGGCCGACCGGCGGCGGAGGUGGAGGAGGUGGUGACUAUAAUAAUCGUCAUCAUCAGCCGGCGGUGAUCGACGAGGAGGCGACUGAGAUUGAGUUGGAGUUGGAGUCGGAGGGGGAGGUGUCGCCGUUCGUCGGCGAUUUCUCGUCGUCGCCGGAGAGAGAGGGGAAGGGGAAUGAGGUUGGGGUUUUUGCCCGGCGGAGGAAGAAUGGUUCGCUCAGUGACCCUACGUUUAUGGAAGCUUUUCUCUUCGCCUAAUCUCUUUUAAUUCUAAAAAGUUAACGUUCUUAGAGUAUUAAGCCUUUAAUUUCUGUGGUUAAUUGUUAGCCUUCUCUUAUACUUGAGCUAGGUAGUAGCUAUAAAUCGAACUGACAUCUACAAAUGUUUGUUCAAAUUAAUAUUUGUGUCUCUUACUAAUCAGGCAUGCGUGUUAUAAUUUGUGUUGUUAUUUGUUAGCCUUUUCUUACAUGAUAUUACUUUCCUGAUUUCUUGACACUGGUCGACAUAGCCAUCAGCACGCCAACCUUGCCAUCCGCUUUCAGAACAUGCUCCGCAGAGAGUGGUCUGUUUGGGUCACUUAUAUCUUCAGAGAGGCUAAUUUACUGGCCGAUUGUCUAGCUCAUAAGAGACACAUGCUGUCACCUGGAACCCAUUUGGUUGAUGUUACAUACUCCGUGGGUGGGUUAACCAUUCGCUCGAUUGCUGAAUAAAAGUUAUGGGUGCUA